AGUGAACAGUUCGUACGAGGCUCUGACUGGAGGUUCGAGCAUUGAGGGCUUCGAGGAUUUCACCGGAGGAAUCGCAGAGAGCUACGACCUGAAGGAGGCUCCACCCUCUUUGUUCAACAUCAUGUGGAAAGCUCUGAAGCUCGGCUCGCUGCUUGGCUGCUCCAUCGACAUUUCCAGCUCGUACGAGACGGAGGCGAUCACCGGUCAGAAGCUGGUUAAAGGUCACGCCUACUCAAUCACUGCAGCUGAGCGGGUUCUUCACCGUGGUUCUCCUGUGGAGCUGCUGAGGAUCAGGAACCCAUGGGGUCAGGUGGAAUGGACCGGAGCCUGGAGCGACGAGUCGGAGAAGUGGGACGGAGUUCAGCCAGAGGAGAAGAGGAAGUUGGAUUAUUGUGCUGAAGAUGGAGAGUUCUGGAUGUCCUACACAGACUUCCUGUGUCAGUUUUCCCGCCUUGACAUCUGCAACCUGACACCCGACACGCUGACGAGGGACGAGGUCGGUCGAUGGAACUGUUCUGAGUUUGAGGGCGUGUGGAGAGUUGGCUCCACCGCUGGCGGCUGCAGGAACUACGCCGCCACUUUCUGCUCAAACCCUCAGUUCUUUAUCCGACUUGAUGAAGUGGACGAUGACCCUGACGACGGCGAGGACGGCUGCACCGUCGUGAUCGGACUGAUGCAGAAAGACGCUCGCAGAGAGAGACGCUUCGGACGAGACCUCAACACCAUUGGUUUUGCCAUCUAUCAGGUUCCUGAUGAGUUUAAAGGUCGCAGUAACGUCCACCUGGGCCCGGACGUCCUGCUGAGGAUGGAGUCGGUGGCUCGCAGUAAAAACUUCAUCAACUUGAGGGAAGUGUGUGACCGCUUCAAACUGCAGCCGGGAGAAUAUGUCAUCGUCCCGUCCACCUUCGAGCCGCACCGCAAAGGAAGCUUCGUCCUGAGGGUGUUCACAGAGAAGGAGGCUCGCAGCAGACCGAUGGAGGAGGACGUAGACGUCAACAUCGAUGAGCCCGAUGUUGGACAGAAUGACGUGGACCCUCACUUCAAACAUCUCUUUGUUCAAAUCUCAGGAAAUGACUCCGAAAUUUCAGCCUUCGAGCUUCAGCAGAUUCUGGACAAAGUGAUCGCUCAGAGUGAGAAGUUUCACCAA